AUGUUUGUGGAGUUCGUUGUCCGAUGGGGGGCAUGGAGCAUCUUGCUCCAGUGUGGAUUAUUGGGCGUGUCAGCAGGGGACUUCCCCUGGCCCUGCCCUCCCAGGUGUGUGUGUCGGCUUGAGACUUUAGAAGUGAACUGCUCUGGCAAACAGCUGACUUCUGUGUCUGAGGGCUUCGCUAGUGGCGCCCAGCACAUUAACUUAUCUCGUAACAAACUGAAGAUGCUGGGUCGUCGCCAGUUCUUUGGCAUGACCCAGCUAGAGGAUCUGGACAUUAGUGACAAUGUCAUCUCCAUGAUUGAGGUGGAUGCUUUCCAGGGUCUGCAGAACCUCAAGACCCUGUGCAUUAGGAGCAACCGCCUCAAGAUCAUCCCUGUGGGGGUCUUCUCCGGCCUGCCCAGCCUGCGCUUCCUGGACCUGAGUGAGAACGAGAUCCUGGUCUUUCUGGACUACACCUUCCGUGAGUUGGUGAGCCUGCAGCAGCUGGAGGCUGGGGAGAAUGACCUGGUGUUCAUCUCCCAGCGGGCCUUUACUGGCCUGCAGAACCUGCAGGAGCUCAAUCUGGACCGCAGCAACCUGACCUCCAUCCCGACUGAGGCACUGUCCCAGCUCCAGAGCCUGACUCGGCUGCGCAUGAUCCGCCUCACCAUCUCGGCGCUGCCCAACAAUGCCUUCCGCCGCCUGCACCGGCUACGCAGCCUCGUCAUCUCCCACUGGCCCUCGCUGGACACCCUGGCCAGCAACAGCCUGAUUGGCCUCAACCUCACCUCGCUGGUCAUCAGCAGCUGCAAUCUCAGUGCUGUCCCAUACCAGGCGCUGCGCCACCUGGUCUACCUGGGCUACCUGGACCUGUCCUACAACCCCAUCACAGCCAUCCAGGGUAACCUGCUGGGGGACCUGUUGCGGCUGCAGGAACUGCACCUGGCUGGGGGCAGCCUGCUCCGCAUCGAACCAGGGGCCUUCAGGGGGCUGGCUUACUUCCGUCUGCUCAAUGUGACAUCCAACCAGCUCAGCACGCUGGAGGAGAGUGCCUUCCACUCUGUGGGGAACCUGCAGGUCCUGCGGCUGGAUGGGAACCCCCUGGCCUGUGACUGCCGGCUGCUCUGGGUGGUCCGCCGGCGACAGCGCCUGAACUUUGACGGCCGCCAACCCACCUGCUCCACCCCGGACAUGGUGCGAGAGCGGGAAUUCCGGGACUUCUCGGAGAAAGAGCUCCCGAGACUGUUCACCUGCCGGCAGGCCCGCAUUGUGGACCGCAGGUCCCAGGAGGUCAGGGUGGAGGAGGGCACUACGGUGCUCUUCUCCUGCAAGGCGGACGGUGACCCAGUGCCCUCCUUUACCUGGUUGUCGGCCCAGCGGAUUCCGCUCUCCACUACGGGGCGCAUCAGGGUGUUGUCCAAUGGGACUCUUGAGGUACGCUACGCCCAGGUUCAGGACAGCGGCACAUACCAGUGCACGGCGGGCAACGCAGCUGGCAACGACAGCCUGUACGUCAGCCUCUAUGUGAAGGGUUUCCCACGUAACCGCACCAUGCCCUUUUUCACCGAUGAGGGCUGGAUAGAGUCCUCAAACGCCCCAACUGCCAACUCCUCCACCCAGGUGGCCAACCAGUACCCGUUUGAUGCCAAGACACUGAUCAUCGCCACCACCAUGGGCUUCCUGUCCUUCCUCAGCUCGGUGGCUAUCUGCUUCGUCUUCAUGUUCUUCUGGAGCCAGAGCAAGGGGCAAAUCAAACACACAGCCACCAUCGACUAUGUGCCCCGUCCCUCAAUGGGGGUAGGAGGAGGAGGAGGGGGUGGAGGGGAUGCUGGCAAGUUCACCAUGAAGCUUAUCUAA